UAUAGAUCGGUGCUAUAAUACAAAGCAGUAAAAGCGGUCGCCUCACACAAGCGGCUGCAGCUCGACUAGAGAUCCCGUGGCUUUUAAUUCCCUCACUACUUUUUUUUUUUUUUAAAGAAAGCCUCCUUCUGUGUGCCCCGUUAUUACCGUUCGUCUGAGGCGUUCGUUUCCGCACCUGCCGCGGUAAGAGACCAAGCGAAGGCGAAGUGAAAGAGGAGACAAGGACAUUGCGAGAGAGCCGGGAGAGGCAGACGGCUGAGACAGCAGCGGUGACUCGUUUGAGAUCUUAAAGGACAAAAAAAAAAAAAAAAAAAAAAAAAAAAAAAAAUGCUGCUCUGGACCAAGAUCGCUUUUGUCGGUCUCAUCUGCUUGUCCUUGGUGUCCUCUGGGAUGGGAUGCGGACCGGGCAGGGGCUACGGCAGGAGAAGACACCCGAAGAAGCUGACACCUCUUGCGUACAAGCAGUUCAUCCCCAACGUGGCGGAGAAGACCCUCGGGGCAAGCGGCAGAUACGAAGGCAAGAUCACAAGAAACUCUGAGCGAUUUAAAGAACUGACUCCCAAUUAUAACACAGACAUCAUAUUCAAGGAUGAGGAGAACACCGGUGCCGACAGGUUAAUGACUCAGAGAUGUAAAGACAAGCUGAACUCGCUGGCCAUCUCGGUGAUGAACCAGUGGCCCGGGGUUAAGCUGCGGGUCACCGAGGGCUGGGACGAGGACGGACACCACUUCGAGGAGUCGCUCCAUUACGAGGGCAGGGCCGUGGACAUCACCACCUCGGACCGAGACAAGAGCAAGUACGGCACCCUGUCCAGGCUGGCGGUGGAGGCCGGCUUCGACUGGGUUUACUACGAAUCCAAAGCCCACAUCCACUGCUCUGUGAAAGCAGAAAAUUCAGUGGCAGCAAAGUCCGGCGGCUGCUUCCCGGGCUCCUCCACCGUCACCCUGCAGGACGGCACCAGCAAGGCGGUGAGGGACCUCCAGCCGGGGGACGCGGUGCUGGCGGCGGACGAGCACGGAAACCCGACCUACACCGAGUUCAUCAUGUUCCUGGACCGGGACUCGACCACCCAGAGGCUCUUCCACGUGAUCGAAACCGCCACGGGGGAGAAGAUCCGCCUCACCGCGGCGCAUCUGCUCUUCGUCGGCCCCGGGAACUCCACGGCGGAGGCGCGCGGGAGGAUGUCCGCCGUGUUCGCCAGCCAGGUCCGAGCCGGACAGACCGUGUUCGUGUUCGAUCCGGAGAGAAGUCGACUCUUUCCCGUCGUCGUAAAACGGAUUUACACGGAAACGCACGAGGGCUCCUUCGCGCCGGUGACCGUUCAGGGGACCGUCGUGGUGGACCGGGUCCUCGUGUCCUGUUACGCAGUGAUCGAGGACCACGACCUGGCGCACUGGGCCCUGGCGCCCGUCAGGCUCGCCCACUGGGUGUCCUCGUCGUUGUUCACGCCCGCGCGUCACGCCGGCGCGCAAAACGACGGCGUGCACUGGUACUCCAAAAUCCUCUAUCGACUGGGGACAUGGCUCUUGGACAGCCACUCCAUGCAUCCGCUCGGGAUGUCGGUAUCCCCGAGUUGAAGGUUCUGCUCCAGGAACAGAACCAGACUGAAAUGUAGGACACACGAACUAUUCAGUAGAUUAAAAAAAAAAAAGAUAAAAUAAUAAUAAUAAUAAUAAAAAAAAAAAGAAAAGAAAAAAAAAAACGAACAGAAAGACAAACGAGACAAAGGCCCGCAGCGGAGUUGGGAUAUUUAUUUGAGUGACUUUUCCAUGAUGUGUCCCCCUUUCAAAGAAUGAAUGGAGCCUUAAAAAAAAAAAAAGUUUCUUUUUGAAUAAUUUAUUCUCAUGUGAACUCUGUUGCUGUCACAUUAAUGGAUUAUGAAACGGUGUGAGCAGCAAAUUGUGCAUAAUCUAUUUUUGUAUAUCUCAAAUGCAAAAAAAGAAAAAAGAAAAAGAAACAACGAGAAAAAAGUGUAAAAAAUGAAAAAAAAAAGAUUAAAAAAUGUCGCAAAGUGAAAGAAGAUCAUGUAGAACGGAGCUAACUUUGACAGGUUGUAAUGUUCAUAUGUGCAUAAAUGUGCAACUGACUGUUAUAUUUUGGGGAGAACAAACUUCGUGGGGUUCCAUAAAUUAUAUUUUUAUACACAGAAUUGUAAAUUAGAUUUUGACAGAUCGCUACCGAAUCACAUUUCGUUAUUUGAAAUAGUGUAAGAUAUGAGAAUAUAUUUUAAUUUAAAUACAGUAGUUGGGAAAGUAUUGGAAAAUCUUGUACUGCUUUGGUUUAUUAAGAAUUUUAUUAUUUUGUAAACUGUUGUUUUAAGUUGUCGGAGAGGGACAGAUAUUCUGCCUCGUGUCUGCAUUCUCUGCUUAUUUUUAUUUUUUGUGUCUUUGUGUUUCUAUUUUUUCCUGUUUUCUUCUGAGAAAAAAAGAUAUUAAAUGCAGAUCCUGACAAUUCAGUAACAGUAAAGUAGUACUGAAACUGUUUCGUUAAAUAAAUUAAUAAGUAACUCCCGUAAAUGUACUAAAAUGUUAUUUUUCUUUUCAUAUUUUGUAAUAGGGAAAUAGUUUUAUAGAAAUGACCUGCGGCACAUGCACAGUUUGGAUAGUCUCUAUAGCCAGACCAUACCAGUUUAACUUUCAUAACAGGGCGAUGUGUCAAAAAUGUCUAGAGUUUAUUAUUUAUAUGUUUAUUACAAAAUGAGAUAAAGAAAACUCUUCAAACUUGCA